AUGGGAGGGCCCAGUGCGCACGGGCAGCACAACAAGAAGCACAAGACCGGGAAACAUGAGAGCAAGGGCUCGCGGCACAAGCACAAGCAGCAGAAGGAGGGACGGGACAUUCUCGGUGUCAAGGCGCGCACCUCCGCGGCCGCCCCCGGCAAGAUGGCCCGCGCGCAGAAGAGCAAGGCCGCGCGCGACGCCAAGCGCGCCGAGCUCAUCGAGCAGAAACGCACCGCCGACUCUGCCGCGCCGCUCGUCGUGGCCGUGCUCCCGCUCAGCGCGUCCGCGGACGCGCGGCCCCUCUUCGGCCUCGUGCUCGACGCCGCGGCGGCCGCGGGCGCGCGCAUCGAGCCCCCGCUGCCCGCCGGCGGCGGCGUUGACGCGCCGAUGGCCCCGGUGAGCAUUGCGUGCACCAAGCCGAGGGUGCGGCUGACGCUGCUGCCGCCGCCGAAGCCGCGCGAGGACCCGAUGGCGAUCGUCGAGGUCGCGAAGGUCGCGGACGUGGUGGUGUUCGCGCUGUCGGGCGAGGAGGGCGAGGAGCUCGAUGAACAAGGGGAGAUGGCGCUGGACGUGCUGCGGGCCAUCGGGCUCCCCUCGGUCGUGGGCGCGGUCGUCGCUGCGUGGGGCGGCGACGACGACGACGCGGGCUCCGACGGCAUGGCGGACGACGGCACGCGCAGACCGAAAGCGCCCGUGCCCGCGCCCAAGUCGCGCAAGGCGGCGCGCAUGGCCAACAACGUCGCGGGGCAAAUGAAGCUGCGCGCGGCCGCGAAGAAGCGCGCGAGCGCCGUGCUGUCGGCCGCGCUCGCGGGGGACCACAAGGUGCUGUCCGUGGGCAGCGAGGACGACGCCGUGCAGCUGAUGAGGCACCUGGGGUCGCUGCGGGGGGCGAACCCGCCGGCGUGGCGGCGGGACAGGGCGACGGUGAUGGUGCAGCGCGUGGACGUGCUUCCGGACGGGAGCCCGGACGCGCCGGGAGCGAGCGUGGCCGUGGAGGGGUACGUGCGGGGUCCGGCGCUGGACGCAAAUAUGCCGCUGCACAUCAGCGGAGUCGGGGAUUUCUCGAUUGCGCGCAUCGAGAGCGUCCCAGACCCCCUCCGCCCGCCCCAUCAGCAGCGCGCCGGCGACGCGGACAUGGAGGGCGCCGUCGUCGCCACGCCCACGGAGGCGCGCGAGUCCACGGCGCGCGAGAACGUACCUGAUCCCGAGGGUAUGGACACUGAGCAGACGUGGCCGACUGAGGAGGAGCUGCGCGACGCGGAGAUCGAGCGCGCGCUGCGGGGGUCCAAGAAGGCGUCGGGGCCGAAGAAGCUCGUCCCGCGCGGCACGUCGGACUACCAGGCGGCGUGGAUCCUGGACGCGGGGGAGGAGGGGGAGGAUGGUGGGGAGGGGGGUGUUGGGGGGGGGAGUGACGGGAUGGCGAUGGACGGCGAGGACGAGGCGUGGAUGGAGGAGGACGAGGGCGCGGAGGAGGAGGACGACUUGGUCGAGGCCGGGCGAGCGGGCGAUGACGACGAGGCGGGGCCGCGCGGAGUGGACGAGGUGCGGCGCGCGAUCGAGGAGCACCGCGCGGCGCGCAGGGACGCGGAGGCGGACGACGCGGAGUGGCCGGACUACGUCGAGGCCCCGCUGGACGUUCCAGCGCGCGCACGAUUCGCAAAGUAUCGAGGGUUGAAGAGUUUCCGCACCUCGCCGUGGGACCCGAAAGAGGGCCUCCCGCCGGACUACCACCGCAUUUUCGCGUUCGACAACUUCACGCGGACGAAGCGCUGGGCGAUCGCGACCGCGCACGCGCCGCUGGAGGCCGAGGAGGCCGCGCGGCGCAUGCCACCGGGGACCUACGUGCGCGUGCUGGUGGAGGGCGUGCCCGCGGAGGGCGCCGCGUGGCUGGCGUCGCGCGCUGGCGCAGUCGCGGCCGGCGAGGCGCCGCCCGUGGCGUGCUUCGGGCUCCUCCCGAACGAGUGCAAGUUGUCGGUCGUGCACUUCGCGGUGCACAAGCACCCGCGGUACACCGAGACCGUGGCGAACAAGGAGGAGCUGCUGCUGGUGACGGGCGUGCGCGCGUGGAAGGCGCGGCCCGUGCUGUCAACGGACACGACGGGCUGCGACAAGCACAAGAUGGAGCGUUUUUUGCACACGGGGGCGCACAGCGUGGCGUCGGUGUACGCGCCGAUCAUGUACCCGCCGCUGCCGCUGCUCGGGUUCAAGCUGCCCGCGGGGGGAGCCGGCGUGCCGAAGCUCGCAGUGGUCGGGGCGGUCAAGUCGUGCGAUCCGGACCGCGUCGUGCUGAAGAAGGCGGUGCUCACCGGGUACCCUGUGCGCGUGCACAAGAAGCGCGCCACCGUGCGCUUCAUGUUCCACAACCCGGAGGACGUCAGGUGGUUCACCCCAGUCGAGCUGUGGACGCGGCACGGGCGGCGCGGCCGCAUCAAGGAGCCAGUGGGGACGCACGGCACCAUGAAGUGCCUGUUCGACGGACCGGUGCUGCAGAGGGACUCGGUGUGCUGCUCGCUCUACAAGCGAGCCUUCCCGAAAUGGCCGGAAGAUAUGACAUUCCCCUAG